CCGCCGCCAGCCUCAGCCCCAGCUCGGUCCGGCUGCGCCGCCGCCGCCGCGGAGAAGAUGGCGGAUCGGGCGGAGAUGUUCUCGCUCUCCACCUUCCACUCGCUCUCCCCGCCCGGCUGCAGGGCCCCUCAGGACAUCAGCCUGGAGGAGUUCGAUGACGAGGAUUUGUCUGAAAUCACGGAUGACUGUGGCAUCGGCCUGAACUAUGACUCAGACCACUAUGAGAAGGACUGCCUGGUGCUGGAGAGAUGCGAGCAGCCCCACCCCACCUGCACCUUCCAGGAUGAUUUCCAGGAGUUCGAGAUGAUUGAUGACAACGAAGAGGAGGAGGAGGAAGAGGAGGAGGAGGAGGAGGUGGAAGGGAAUGGGUUGGAGGAAGCUCCCCCCUCCCCCUCGGCAUCUCCGAUACCUUCACCCACCACCGAGGAGACCCAGAAGCAUCGCCCCACCACACUCAACCUGACCGUGACGGGCACACAGGACUCGCUGAAUAACAACAGCGGCUGCAACCCAGCACCUCCUCUGCCGCGAGCCACCUGGCAAGAGACGCUGCUCCACUCCACGACCACUUCCUCCUCCUCCUCCGCCGCUGCCCCCCAUGCUGAGCGAUCAUCUCCCUCGCAUCCAUGUCUCCAGGAUGGGCUCCGCUUGGACACUCAGAACAGCAAGGACCCAGCGCCCGCUCCAGCUCCUUGCAAGCCCUCUCCUUACGGCGCAGAAGGCAACGGACAAGAGUUGCAGGAGGACCGGCCUGCCCUACGAGCUGGGGAGGAUUACAACAUGAAUAUCGUCUCUUCUGCGCCCAAUUUGCGGCCUGCUUCGGCUGCCUCUGACCCGGCAUCCGCUGAGCCACCGCCUGGUGCUCCCAAAGGCACAGAGCCCCAGCCCCCCAACAGCAGCCCCCACAGGUCGCCUGCCACGGAGAGCUACUGUGCCAGGUUUCAGAGGGAUGCGGUGGCGUGCAGGGAGAAAGAGAAGGGAGCCGGAAGCCGCCCCGUUUGCUCUGCUGGAGGACAAGCUGGGCGCCCUUCCUCUGUCUCCCCGAUUGACCAGGCCAGCAGUCCGCUCUCUGAGGAUGAGCCGGCAGAGGGCCACAGAGAGGCGGGAUCUGGGGGACGCCACCCUGUGGGGGUCUACGGAAGCCCCACAAGGGCCGCCAGGGGGCUGCUAAGCUCCGAUGGAGAGGGCAGCCAUGGGAGCCGAGUGCCCAGUGGGCAAGGGCUGCCGUCGGCCUCCUCGGACACCACGUCUCCCUCGUCGGACCCAGGCAUCGAGGCCGAUCUCACCAGCCGCAACUCCAAGGGCUUCCCGCCGUGCGGCCGGCACGGCGAGGACCUCAGCUCGCCUGGAUCCGACUCAGACGUGGAGGGCGAAAUCGAAGCCGCCUUUGCUUGCAGCGGCCACCGCCUGGCCAGUCACAUGAUCUCCAGCAUCUCCGAAACGGAGCUGGACCUGAGCAGCGACAGCAGCAGCGGCCGCUCCUCCCACCUCACCAACUCCAUCGAGGAGGCCAGCUCCCCGGGCUCCGAGGCCGACCUGGAGGCCGACCUGGAGGCCCAGGGGGUGAUGGGCCUGAAGGACGCCCUUCUGCUGGACCCAGGCAAGGAGGAGGAAGAGCUGGAGCUGCCCCCAGAGGAGAGCCUGGUGCGGAGGGAGAGCCUGGCGGCAGCGCUCAAGAUGGAGGAGUUCUACGAGGACCCCUCAGCCCCCAUUGACCAGACAGACGUGUCCCUCUCGGGCCACCUGGAGCUGGAGAUCAACCCUGACCACAGCCUGGAGAGCCUGCGCCGCUCCUUCUACUUGCCGGUGGGGCCGAAGCUGAUGCCCGAGGGUGGCGACGAUGAUGACGACGACGACGAAGGGAACAGCGAAUACGAUUCGGAGUCCGACUCGGAGUCGGAGCCGGACCUGAGCGAGGACUCUGACUCCCCGUGGCUCCUCAGCAACCUGGUGAACAAGAUGAUCUCGGAGGGCUCCUAUCCCAUCAAGUGCGCUGACGAGUGCUUCCCUGCCGCCCACUCCCUUUCAGACACCCUUUCUCCCGCCUCCGACCUGGAGCCGGAGAUCCCCAGCGAGGCCCUGACCGACACCCAGCCCUGCUCCCAGCAAAGCAUUGAGCUGGUGGACAUGGAGACGCUCCGCUGCUCUCUGCAGGGCACCGAGGAGGAGAAGCCCACGGAGGCCAAGCCCAGGGUGGAGGUGGCGCCUCCGGCGGGGGACGUGGGGCCCUACCUGUUCCUGAGCAACUCGACCAACGACACCAUCACCCCCGUCUUCCCAGGGCGGCCACGCUCUGGCUGCUGCAACGGCAUCACUGCCCCCAAAAGCUUGCCACCCAGGGAGCCCCCCGGCAAGGCUGAGCCCCCCACGGUGCUGGAGGACUGUGUGAUUGACAGGGACCUGGACUCGGGCAUCUUGGAGGACAAUGACAUGAUUGACGACAUCCGGUUAGAGCCCCACGGGGGGCUGGACGUCUCCACCGCCAAGACCAACCGUUGCUUCAGCCUGGCCUAUUCCCCCGAGGAGGAUGAGGCCCCCUGCCUGGGCAGCCUGAAGGGCUCCCCGUUUUCGGAAGAGCUGCCGCUGCCCCCUCCUUCAGUGGUGCUGGACGACUCCUUGGCCUACGACUCCAUCAAGUACACCCUGGUUGUGGAUGAGAACACGCAGCUGGAGCUGGUGAGCCUCAAGCGCUGCACCUCGGUGCUGAGUGACGACAGCGAGCUGCUGCGUGCCUGUGACGCCCCCGACCUGGAGGAUGUGGCCAGUGACUUUGGGGAGGGUCUGGGGGCAGCGGAUGGACGCAGCUCCUCCUCCGAGGACUCCUCCCCCGAGGCCGACCUCCACUUCUCCAAGAAAUUCCUCAAUGUCUUUGUCAACAGUACGUCGCGCUCCUCCAGUACAGAGUCCUUUGGUCUGUUCUCUUGCACGGUGAACGGGGAGGAGAGGGAACAGACGCACCGAGCGGUCUUCAGGUUCAUCCCUCGCCAUGAAGAUGAGCUGGAGCUUGAUGUGGAUGACCCGAUCCUUGUGGAGCUGGAGGAAGAUGACUACUGGUACCGGGGUUACAACAUGCGCACCGGGGAGCGCGGGAUCUUCCCAGCCUUCUAUGCCCAUGAGGUAGUGAGCCAGGCAAAGGAAGUGACAGGCCUGAAGCGGAACCCGUGCUGGAUGGAGCGUUUCAAUGUUCAGUUCUUGGGCUCUGUGGAGGUUCCUUACCACCAGGGCAACGGCAUCUUGUGUGCGGCCAUGCAGAAGAUUGCUACCACUCGUAAGUUAACGGUGCACCUGCGGCCUCCGGCCACCUGUGACCUGGAGAUCAGCCUGCAGGGCAUCAAGCUCAACUUGACCGUGAAUGAGUACAGCCGGGACGAAGAGUUUGAGCGCUGCAGCCAUUUCUUCCAGAUGAAGAACAUCUCCUUCUGUGGAUGUCAUCCCCGCAACAGCUGCUACUUCGGCUUCAUCACCAAGCACCCUGUGCUGAGUCGCUUCGCCUGCCACGUCUUUGUCUCCCAGGAGUCCAUGCGGCCCGUUGCGGAAUGUGUCGGCCGCGCCUUUCAGGAAUACUACCAAGAGCACCUGGAGUUCGCUUGCCCCACAGAGGACAUUUACCUGGAGUAGGAAGCGACCCGCCACGCCUCCUGCUUCCGCGCCCCAUCCAGAGACUCUGACCCGGCGCCCCAGGACCCCGUGCUCUGCCAGGCUGGCCACAACCCACGCUGCCACAUUUUCACCCCCGCCCUCUGCAGCAGAGGGU